AAUUUCUAACUUUGUUGGCAAGAAGAAAGAAAAGUGCUGUUUACCAGGAAAAUAUUUCACGUUAAAAAACUAUUAGCCUAUUAUCGUGAAAGUAUUUCAUAUUAUACACAAAGGAUACUGGACACAUACCACUAGAAAGUUAUGAUUACAACUAUUAUUCACGACUAAAUUGGCCAGUCCAACGAUUAAUAUGGACAUCUGGACUGGUCGCAGCUACUUUAGUUUAUGUACCAUUUUCUGUUUUACAAUGUUCUCAGGAAGCAUGUGGUCAUUGGAAUACUAAAGAAUCUUAUUUUUAGAAAGUAGUUACCACUAUGACUACACAGAAUAGUGCUUGUGUAAGCACUAGCAAUGGUAAUACUCUAACAACAACAGCUUCAUCAACCCCCAGCAACCCGGUUCCAACCAGCAUGCUUUCCUUCCGUUUUGCAACACCAAACAACACACAAACACCCUAUUAUAUAUCAUCUGAUAUAGUUCUAAGUGGUGGUAUCGCACAGCAGAACAGAAGGAGAAUUGUUCACAAUGAAGUUGAAAAACGGAGGAAAGAUAAAAUCACUAAUUGGAUAAAGAAACUUGCAGACCUUUUGCCAAGACAUCGUGUUACUAAACAGAGCAAGAAUUAUGUGUUAGAGACAGCUUGUGAAUAUAUUAAAGAACUUAAUGGCAUUAGCACAGAAUUCAGUGAGCUGAAGCUAAGCAAGCAAUUACUGGCUAGUGCUGAACCAUACACCUGUGAAGAAGAAUAUCGGCCGUCAAAUUACAUUGGGAAUCCUCGUGUUCCGACCAACUGCAAUGUCCAGCGAUUGGACUGCCCACCUUCUUGGAAGUCUGGAAUACCCAACGGCAUUGAAACUUCAUUGCCUAUGAUUGACGUGAAAUUUCUCAAAUGCCAUGAAGGUUUUACCUUGUGCGGGUAUGUUCCAAUUGACCCUAACUCUGGUGAAGUUCUUGGACAAAGUGGCGUUACUAUUGGAGCCGGUGUCGAUCUUGGAAGCAAGUCCAGUUCGUCUUUCACUUUAUUGUCGCGCACGCUAGUCAACAAACUUGACCCUUACUUCGGCUUAAAACGAAAUCUCGCUGCUUGUGCUGCAGAUGAACGUCCUUUGCGACUGACGCAAUCAGAGGCAGAUACAGUGACAAAUGCCAUUAAAGAUGAUGUUGUUAACGAAGUUUCAAAAAGAUACAACAGUGAUAAAACUGAGAGCGCAAAGGAAUUUUCUUCACUUCCUCGCGGCAUUCGGACAGCCAUCGUGAGCGUUUCGUACCAGUUUGGAAAUCCUUCCGCUUAUCCCAAGUUCUGGAGUUUUGUAACGAAAAACGACUGGUCAGAAGCGAUAGCUGAAUUAAGAAACUUUUACAGAAAUCCGAAAGAGCAAGCAAAAGGGAACUUAAUCAGACGAAACAAUGAGGCGGACAUAAUUGAAGCAACACUUCUGAAAUGCAAUCGCUCUUUGGACAUUGUUUUCCUUUUGGAUGAAUCUGGCAGCGUUUCAAAAGCCGAUUUCGAAGAAAGUCUAGAUUUUGUAAAAAACAUGACAAAAGCAUUUUCAAAUGAAAAACUAAGUAAGGAGGAUGGCACCAGAUUCGGUUUGUCAACAUUCAGUAGCUGGUAUACCUCACAUUUCUAUUUAUCAGCAUACACGAGUCAGUCGGGUUACCUCACUGCGAUCAGUCGUGUAAUGCAUAAAGGUGGUUCCACAUACCUAGGGAGUGCCUUAGAUCAAAUACUCCUGGAUCAAUUUAGGGAGGAAAAGGGUCUCCGUCCAGAUGGUGAUGGUUUGCCUCGCAUAUUGAUAGUCCUAACAGACGGCAUAGCGUCUGACAGUGUUGCCCUUCCAGCUAAGAAUGUAAGAAGUAAAAACAUUGUGAUAUACGCUAUUGGAAUCGCCAAUUAUAACCGUCCGCAACUAAUGGAGAUCGCUAAUUCAAAGUCGCAUGUUUAUACUCUGACGGGUUUUUCCGAUCUUGAGACGUUUAUUGCGACGAUGACGUCCGGAGCGUGCUAUGAACCUCGUUCUUCCUCACUCAACGAGACUAUCAAAACAAAAGUGCAAAAGAACACAUACUUGUAUUUCAGCUACCAAGUAACCUUAUCUUUAAACUUGGAGAUCAAUGUAAAAGACCUAACAGGCGGCACACUGGUUUAUGCUUCUCGUACUAACCCACAUCCCUACAAAUAUGAUGCUGACAUUUCCUUCGAACUUUCCAGUCAAAUACACAAAAUUAUCGUAAUUUCUCCCCGUUUAACUGACUUAAGAAGAAAACGAUUAACCGGAGUCGAAGAGAAACGAUCAAUUUAUGUUUCAGUAGCUUCCGACACCGACUCAGCUUUGUUCACGAUUGAAGGAAAUGAAUGUAAUCCUUUAAACUGUACCGAAGGGACAAACGAAGUGGCAACCUCCUCGGCCGGUAUUGUUGUUGCACAGUUCCUGAUGAUAAAUGUUCACGUUGUGAUGUUCAUGAUCGGUUUCUGAUAACGUAUAACAUUUGAACAUUUUCAUUUGAACUUUUGAUUUUUAUGACUAUUAAUGCAUUUUUUGAGACAAAAAGACGCCCGCCAAGCGUUUAUUCGAGCUAAAGGAGUGUUUUUGCUUGUACUUUUAGCCGGAGAAACUUUAUCAAUAUAAGCAGAAAAUUGGCACGCACUGCCAACAUUUUAAACAGGGCAUAAUAUAUUAUUAAAAUUUGAAAUAUGUAUAUGAACUAGAUCGAGUACACAAAAUAUGCCGCUGAGCACCAAUAAGAUGGUCACAAAUAUGUCACAUGGGUCCACGAUUUAUUUCGAUUGGCCAAAAUUAAGAUUGACCGCGAGGGAGAAUACCUAAGUCUUGCGCCAAAAAAAACUUGCCGAACUUAAGACUCUCGCUUUAGCUCGAGUAAUUAGAAUAAUAAAGGUUAAGCCCUGUUUACACUGUAUUCAAUUAAUCAGCACGACACGGUUGAAAUUGGUACAUACCCAUAUACCAAUAUUUUAUUUGUGUCCAGAUGGUCCAGCUUAUUGGUUUGGUAUCCUGAACACUAAUAAAAUUUUAGCCGUGCCGUGCCAAUAAAUUGAGUGUAAUUUAUAACGGGGCAUAAUGUAGUGCACUUUAUAAAACAGUCAAGGAUGUAUCAAUAUAAACAUGCAAUAAUCUAACGCUCCUAACGACCUGUACUUGUUAUAAUCAUUUUACUUGUAAUAAUCAUUUGCCUAGAGAAAUAUAUUCAACACGAUUUUCUUGUAGACUUAUCCAUGAUGUUUUGUCAUUUGAUUCAUCAUUUUAAAAAUAUUAGGAAGGCAAAAUCCCCUUUACCCAUAAACGCACUAGCGAUAUUAAAAUAAUACUAGCCAGGAUGGAACAAUGUUGUGCUGCCUGCCCAUUUUGCAUGUUCAAACUUGUCAAGCAAGUUGAAAAAUAUUGUUGAAACUAAAUCGAAUGCAACAAUAAAGUUCAAUGUUUAUGACAACCAUAUACUUGACUAGAUA